UGACAUAUAUGUAUUUGAUCUGAUUGGGAUUUCUGAAAUUCAAAAGAUUCAAACUGAAAGUCGGUGUGACCUAUAUUCAUAUUUGACGACGUGUUUUGCGAAAACAUGUACUCUGCAUUUGUAUUCUUGUGUGAAUGAGAGAGUAAAACAUACUUUUCAACUUUAUGAUGGCAGAAGAACAUGUGUAUAAAAGUGACACAGGAUAUGAGAAUGCAGUAAGGAAGGAUUAUACUGAUGUUGAUUACUGUAUGCAUGUUAUUGUGGCUCCGACAAUUCUAAUUGAUUCCAAAAUAGACAAAGUAUUAGUGAAAUUUUUAGGAAGUGACGAUUCCAAUCAGUUGAAUUGUAAAAGGGAAUUUGAGGAUGGUUUUGUAGAGUAUGAAGGCGUUUUAAGAGCAAAAAAGGGGGAGCUUAUCUUCUAUAACUACUAUGUUCUAAUAAAUGGGUCUGAAGAAGUGAAAGAAUUCAUCUAUAGGCAAGGAAAAGGAAAAAAAGUGAAAGGAUUAUGGCAUCGAACAAUGGGUAGCAAAAAUGUACAAGAAAGGGAUGUGUAUCACAUAUAUGAUGGUGUUGUACAAGGAGAACCAUUAGACGAAGAAGACAAAGAUAAAAAUGUAUUGUCCAAAUGGAUACACAAAGGCCUUAAGAAAGUUUCAAAAUGGAUGGGAAAUGAUGAAUAUCAAAAGAUGUUACUUACGGAUGCUGAACUAGCCAUGAUGGAGUUUAUAGGUGGUCUGCUCACAGAUAUAAAUAAUAUCAAUGGAGAGGAAUUGAUUCAACGUUUUUCGGAUAUUGUCCAGGGUCUAAGAAAGUGCUAUUACAUGAAAGAAAAAUUGUGGUCAUCAGAUGAUGAUUUCAAUAAAACAAUUGCACAGGAGUUUUGA